AUGGGCCAAAACCUCGUUUUAAACAUGCUGGACCACGGCUUCAAGGUGUGUGUUUUUAAUCGGACAACCUCUAAAGUUGACGACUUCUUGGCAAAAGAAAAGGAUCGAAAAAAUUUGUGCGGUGCAAAAACUGCCGCUGAUUUUGUUUCCUGUUUGGCAAAACCGCGUGCCGUUAUGCUUCUCGUAAAGGCUGGAAAGCCCGUCGACGAUUUCAUCGAAAUUUUGCUGCCCUUAUUGGAGCAAGGAGAUACCAUCAUCGAUGGAGGCAACUCCGAGUUUGCUGACACAGAGCGCCGGUGCAAGUACUUAGGGGAUAAAGGCUUACUAUACGUCGGCUCUGGAGUCAGUGGCGGAGAAGAAGGCGCCCGUUAUGGUCCCAGCCUAAUGCCCGGUGGAAAUCCCAAUGCCUGGUAG